CCCGGGCCAAGCGAAGAUGGCGGCGAUGACGGGCCAGGCGCCGCGUUAAGGCCCAUCACCAUACAGUGCAGCAUGAAUCUGGCUGAGGCAGUGUGGAUGUUGUGAUGGUAACCAGGACGCUGGCAUUCCCAACGUGGCUGGAUCAUAGGGAAUCACCCAAUCGCAAAGAGAAUCAGGUGGUGAAUGCUGUAACAAAAGGGGGAAUAGACCCCUCAUAUUAACAAUGGCCCUAGUUACCGUGAAGGAACUGCUGAGCUUUGAUUGUGGUUCGCUGGUAGCUUACCAAUUAGAUAAAAACUCUCAGCUGGACUCUAUCAGCUUCCAGACUGUCCUCAUGAGAAACAUAUUUGUGCAUUUUCCUGAUGUCAUAUUCAUCCACAGAACCCACAAUCCCAGGGGCAAAGCUCUGUAUAUGUUCAUGGUGGACAGACCUUUCCUGAAGCUGCAGGGUGAGAUGAUUAAGGUAAUUCAUUUUGCUGUCCCAGCUAAAGAAUCUGCAGAAAGCCUGGCUCACAUGUAUAGGACCUUCAAGGCCUUCAACCCUGAGUGGAAGAAAAUUAAGACCUUUCUGGUAGAUCCACACUUUCGAUUGUUGCAGACUCUUUCUGAAGCAUUCCCAUCUGCAGAGGUGCAGCUAUCUGUUUUCCAUGUAUGCAAGCACCUGCAGCAGAAGAUUCAUCAGAUGUCUUUGGAAUGCAUCUCGGAGAGACUGAUCUUAAAUGCCUUGAGGAACACUAUGUGUGCAGCCACUGAAAGCAACCUGAGAAUGAUGCACACAAUCCUGAGUGACUUUGUGAAACCAGACUUGCUUCCCCAGCUUCAUACUCACUGGCUUCUCAAUGACAAGAUAUGGGCUAUGCAUAGAUGGAGGAAUUGGAUGGAAUGCAAUCAGUAUUUUAAAGACUUGGAGAUCAUCACACGGGGCUUAAGCCAGGUCUUCUGCACUGGACUGUCUCUGGAGAUCUGCAUCACUUCUCUAGCGAAACACUACCAGAAGUGUGUUUCAAAGAGGCCCCCUGAUGCUGUGUUGUUCUCUGUUAACCCUCUUAGCAGUACCAUGUCUACUGAGACAGUUUUUCAGAGCCUGCCAGCUCAGGACUCGCCACCAACCUCUCACAACCCCCAAAUAGCUCUUCAGAAUCAGCCAGCUCAGAGUUCUCCACCAGUUUCUCCCAGUCUCACAGCAGCUCAUCAGAAAUGGCCAGGUCAGAAUUCCCCUCCAAAUCCCCUGGUGGUUCUUCCGCAUCCCCUGCCAGCUCCUCCAAGCCCCCUGCUUCUUCAGAACCAGCUGGCAGCCCCUCAGAUCUUCCCUUUUCAGAACCAGCCAGCUCAGUAUUCUUCACCAGUUUCUCUCAAUCUCACAGCAACUCAUCAGAAAUGGCCCGGUCAGAAUUCCCCUCCAAAUCCCCUGGUUCUUCAGAAUCCCUUGCCCGCCCCUCAGAACCAGUUAGCAAACCCUCAGAGCCCCUUGGAUCCUUUAUCCCAUGACAUUAAACUGGAGAUCAUCACUGAAGACCCAAAGGGUGACCAAGAUGUGGAGUGUAACCAAGAGACUGAAGACUGCAUCAGGCAGUCACUGAGAGCCAUUUGCACAGAGCCUGCAGCCAGACUAUGCUUGAACGAGUUUGCAGUGGCACAGAAGUCUGUGCAGCUAAUAGGCACCAAUGAAGACAUAGUCAAUAUACAGAUCCUCGAAGACACCCACAAAGUGAACCAAAGGGGCCUGAAAAGCUGCACUUGCCACUUCAGUCAAGCUUUCCAGCUGCCCUGCAGGCACAUGCUGGCUGUGUUGAACUCUGAUAAGAAGAUCUUACAGCCGGAGAUGCUGAGUGAGCAAUGGCAGAAGGAACCUAAUAUCUCUCAGGCAGGGCAAAAUGGCGCUGAUGGCCUCUUGGAGGUUCUGAAAAGCUCCUGGAAUGAGUCCCUGGAUAAAUCCUUAGCAGUGUCCUUUCUUACAGCGGAGAUUAGCCGGCUUCUUACCCAGUGCAGCAGUGAGGAGUUUGAUCGGAGAUACAACACCCUCCGAGAAUUGGCCGAUAGCUGGAUUGGACCUUAUGUUCAGGUGAAGCUGUAGUUCAGAACUGAGAGCUCCGUUCCUCUGCUCUUAGCCUCUUCGAGGUGUGACUCUCCUGCUUUCUGGGCCUCUGGGAGAAGUGAGGUGUGAAAUACUAUAAAAAUGUCUGUUUAAAUGUAAUUACUCCAGUGGUAUGUCUUCCACUUUAUUCUCCUUAGAAACUGUAUAAAUGUGGGUCUUAAAUCUGCAUCAUGGUAGUUUCCCCUUUGGCUUCAGAUCCUAAAUGUCUAUUGGGUGAACACUUCCUCUUGCUAUGAGACCUAAGGAGGUGGACUUAGGUAGGAAUUCUGUCUCUGGCCCAGCCAACAGGAAACCCAGCUGGGAAUGGAAUGGGGGAGGAGGGUAAUAACCUGGGACUAACUUGCCUGAACCAUAGUUCAUGCAUUCAGACACUCAUGGGAUCCUUUUGCUAUCUGUUGUGGCAGCUGGGUUCAUGUGGUUUAGUCCCAGGAUGUGUAUCUGAGCCAGCUGUGGUUCCCUUCCCUUUCCUGUCAUGGUGACAUGGGGCUUCCUACUAGUCUGGUAGAGCAGGAUUUGCUCAUGUGAAGUCAGACCUCUGUUUUGAAACCACGUCUUUUGUUUUUCUCUUCUCACUUCAUUGCCUCUAAUUAUUUAACUGAACCUGCUUGUUAAGGAGCCACAAACCCCGGAGAGUAGCAACCCAUGCUACCAGGGAGCUGCUGUCUGCAGCCUCUGCUAGGAGCACUGGAGUGGUUUGGCUGGUUAUGGCAGCUCUUAAUUCCACAUAAACCUGCCCUCUGUCGUCAACAGGCUUGUGUCACUGACAUGGGAGGAGGGAACAAAACAGUGUUACCAUAAAUCUGUAAAAAGCAACAAAGAAUCCUGUGGCACCAAUACAUCUGUUAGUCUCUAAGGUGCCACAGGACUCUCUGUUGCUUUUUACAGAUCCAGACUAACACGGCUCCCCCUCUGAUACAUAAAUCUGAAAUUAGAGUUACGGUAAGACAAACAGCGAAGUGGAGAAAUCAGAGAUUUAAAUGUACUGUAGUGGGCCAAGGGGGGCAUGCAGAGGAGAGAGCAGUCACAGUCCCAGCCAGUAAGAGCUGCUGCACGACAUGGGGAUAUAUGGAUGGGUUGGUGCGUGGUCCCUCUCUGGCACCUUCAGGCAAGGAGACCCUGGGGGCAGGGAGAUGUAGAUAUAAUUUUCUGUACCAGUCAACAGGGAGUGGUGAGGGAAUAGGACAGAAGGUGCUAUUUAGGUCAGUAAUUUGUUCCACCCUAGCUCAGCCUGGUUUAUUCAUGUCAUGUCAAAUUGUUUGUGGUUUGUUUUGGCUCAAUGAUUCAGUCACAGUUUUGUUAACAUCAGAAUCAACACUCCAUUCACAGGAACAGAACUACUGUAUGGUCAAAGAUUUCCUUUUGAGCUAGAGUUCUGUAAUAUAAACUCCUUUAUGUAAAUAUAGCAUCAA